AUGGCUGAUCCAUCCUACAAGUCAGUACGGCCUCUUGGCUCUUUGAUCUUCCUCACUUUCUGAUCCUUUGUCUCCCGGAAUUACCCUGCAGCAGCCCGUUCGAACGGUCCUACGUCGGCUCGUCGUCGGUGGGAACCCCAGCUGCGGUGGCCGCGCAUCCCCCGCCGCCAGCGCAACCAAUCGAGGCCACUCCCGAGCCGCAGUCACUAGCCUCGACCUCCACGCCGUCGCGGAUAGCGCACCGACCACCUCGACUCGUCAUACCCGAUGCUGAUGAGUACCCGCACGGAUCCGUCUUCCCACCGCUCGAUCAACCCCACUACGCCGCAGCGCACCCUCAUCCUGAUGGACUCGCCGAAUUAGGCGCAGCACCCGAACAGCACGCGACCACAGCCUCGACGACGACGACGACGACGGGCGGUGCAGGUGCCUCUUCAGGCCACCUCGGUGGCUCGGCGGCCUCCAAGAAAGUCAAUUGGCCUGCAGAACUCUCGCACCACGUCUCGAUCAAGAUGGCCUCGCCCAAGACGCUGCAGGAUCAAGGCGCGAGGGACGAGCUGACCCGCGCCUUGGAGGAACAUUAUCGCAAAUUCGGUGCCGGGUCCGAGAUGGACGAAGAUGGGCCCGACCGAGACCGACCGAUUCGAUUCAUCGGUCCCUCAGGUUCCGAAGUCCCUUCGCGCGCCAACUCGUCCGACGGCGAUCCCGAAGAAAGGAUGGAGGAGUUGAGGCAACAGAUGGAGGUCUUUGUCGAUCCUGGUGAGACGGAUGGAUUGCCGACCAUGGCAGGGGGUAAAUCGAGCGAAGCUAGAAAUGCCAAAGCAGCUUGGGGCUUGGUCAGGAGCUACACCAACGGUGGUUCGGUGUUCCGUCAGAGGAAGAAGACUGGCUUCAAGAGUGGCCAUGGAGCCAAGGCCGAGGACUCCGAUCCUCGCGUCGUCAAGGCCGCUUCCCAAGAUCCCGAAAAGGUCAUGAGUGCCGACUCGAACGACGGCCAGCCCAAGUCUCCCUCUUCACCAGGAGGCGGAAUCGGUGGAUUCGUAUCGCGGAUGUUGGCGAAUCAUCAUGACCCAGCAGACGAGGUGCCUAUCGCCGCGGGUGCACCCAGUAUAAACAAUGGGGGAGGUGGCAUCCUCUCAGCGCUCAUUGCUUUGCAGCAGCAGCAAGCUGGGACAGGGAUCGACUCGAUCCCGCCUUCGGGAGCGACAACACCAACCUCGGAACUUCCUUCGCGUGGAUCGGUCUAUUCCUCCGAAGACGAAGACGAGGAAAUGGAACGCAUCAAGUUCACGCUCAAGCAACGUGAGAAACGAGCGAACCGGUCCAUGAUGCACGGCGCCUCAACCGCCAUCUCGAAUGCGGGCAAGUCGGCCGGUCACGCGCUCGGCUUUGGUCACCAUCACGCAACGGGCCAGCGCGGACAUCGACCCUCCUCGUCGGGCGAGCAGACCCCUGGUCGUACGGGCACUCAUGGCGCGACCAAGCUGUUUGCCCCUCCCAACUCGGGCCACACCUCCGCCCCGGGGAGCCCUGGAUUCGGGUCGUUCCCGAAGCGGCGAUCCGGUGCUUUCACCGACAGUGUCCACAACAUGCUGGGCAAGGUCGGCGCGAACUUUGAAGACUCUUCCUCUCGACCCGAAGCCGCGAGGAGUGGUGCCGGUGUCUUUGGUGGGCUCAUGUUGUCUACGGCAAACAUCGCAGGGGCCGCCUCACCUGCCGCGACGUCACUCGCGCCGAAUGCGACACGGCCUGGAUAUAGCUUGUCGCGCUACUCGGCGCCUUCGGUUCCUACCAUCAAAUCUGGAAAGAUGGAAAGUUCGGUCGAUACCUCGCCCGAGAACACGACGAGCACGUCCACGCUCAACAACUCGCCCACAGCUUCGCCGCCGCCGGGUGAGGCGCGCCAGACCAAGCAAACCCCGCCGAAUAUCAAGGUCCCCAAGCACAAGCCAACCUUCUCUCUGGCUGACCUGACUGUGAGUGACUUCGAAUGAAUCACUGUUACCUUGUGUCAAGCCACUAACUUGCUUUUCAUUCGUUUGUCUAUCCGAGCAGCCGCAUAAGAUAUCCUUCUUCCCAGGAGCAUCGCGUCCAAACUCGCGGCCGGGGUCGCUCCACGAGUCACCGACGUAUGAGUCGUCCGAGUACUUCCCGCACACCAAAGAGACGCAAGAAGACCGUGAGCGCCGCGAAUGGGAGAAAGAGAAGCGCCGUCGUCGCAAGUUGAGGGAGAAGCGUAAGCAACAGGAGGUCUUUAUCACGCAGCACGUUGCCGCGAUCCUGGAGCGACAGCAGUUCAUCCUCAAGCUCGCUCGUGCGUUCAUGAUGUUUGGUGCGCCUUCGCAUCGCCUCGAGGCGCAGUUACAGGCGACAGCGCGGGUGCUCGAGAUCAAUUGCCAAGUCAUCUACAUCCCAGCCGUCAUGCUCGUGUCCUUUGGCGAUUCAGCGACCCACACCUCCGAAGUGAGGUUCGUGCGGCAGUCCUCGGGUCUCGACCUCGGCAAACUCAAGACGGCGUACAUGAUCUACUAUGACACAAUCUACGACAAAAUCUCGGUCACGGACGCGUCGAAGCAACUCGACGACCUCAUGCUCGCCGGACCGCAGUACAAGCUCUGGCAGAACAUGCUCAUCGGCGGUCUGGCCUCAGCGUUCAUCCAGCCGUCGGCGUUCUACGGGUCUUUCAUCGACUGCCUCAUUUCGAUUCCUCUUGGCGCUCUUCUCGUCCUCGUGCAAGUCCUCGUCUCCCGCAACGACCUGUAUUCGUCCCUAUUCGAGAUCGUUAUCGCUUGCAUCAACGCCUUCCUCGCCGCCGCUCUGGCGUCCACAAACCAGUUCUGCUUCGCCGCGGUGGCUUCGGGAUCGGUCGUACUCAUUCUGCCAGGUUACAUCGUCUUGUGUGGCUCGCUUGAGCUGGCCAAUCGUUCUAUUAUCUCCGGAAGUGUUCGUUUAGUUUGUGCGUGCCGCACAGUCUUUCGGCCCAAUCCAAUCGAGGUAAUUCGAAACUGACCCUCUGUCUGUACCCAUCAGAUUCGAUUCUUUAUUCGCUCUUCUUGGGCUUCGGGCUCUCUAUGGGGUCAGAGGUAUACCAGCGCAUCACCAAGCUCUCUAUCGCGGGAGCCACAGAUUACCAGUGCACUGCCCUACGUCGGAACGCUCCCUGGUGGCGCGCGACUAUCUCGCCUUAUUGGUUCUUCUUCACGAUCCCUUGCUUCCUCCUCUUGCUCGCCCUUCGCAACGGUCAACCUCUGUUCCGCAAGGAAAGCUUCAUCAUGGUCCUCUUCGGCUCGACCGGUUUCGUCGCCAACUAUUUUUCCGGGAAAGCCUUCACGGGUCGUAGCGACGUUGUCAGUGCGAUCGGAUCCUUCGCCGUUGGCUUCCUCGGUAACUUGUACGGCAAGGUAUCCCGCGGAUCCCCUUUCGUUGUCAUGGUCCCCGGGAUCCUCUUGCAACUUCCUUCAGGUCUAUCAAACGGAGGUCUUCUCGAAUUCGCGGCAGACUCGACUUCGAACAAUACGUUCACGUCUUCGACAUCUUACGCUUCCGGUUUCAGCGUCGCGAGCUCCCUUAUUGAAGUCGCGAUCGGGUUGACAGUCGGUUUGUUCUUGUCUGCGGCGGUCGUUCUUGGGAAAGGAUCUAGGAGGGGUAGGAGCUUGCAUACGUUCUAG